UGUUUUGAUCCUGGAUUUGGUGGAUCACAAAGAUUGCGAUUUCAAUCUGGCAACCCAGUCUGCAGUAGUCCAUGGGCUAGGCUUGGACGCAACAGUAAAUUUGUUGGAUUCGUGGUUUAUUUACGCCCCUGUGGUGCAUUUUCUUUUUCUGGGCAUCCAUGCUGCGUCUGACUGCAGGAAGACUGGGGACAAUGCUGUCCAGAAGGGCAGUAGCAGCUUUCACUAGUGCCAGGAUGGCCAGCCAUGUGUCCCAGCAGGCUGACAUGUCUGUGCCCAUGUACUGUGAUCGUCUUGACACGCCGCUACCAGACAGACCUUACAAUGAUACCCUUACAGCUACUGAGAAGAGUCUAAAACAGAAGGAAAAAGGACCAUGGAACAGCCUUUCAAAUGAGGAGAAAAUUGCCUUGUACAGGCUUAUGUUUAAGGACACGUAUGCGGAGAUGAAGAAGCCCUCCAGUGAGUGGAAGACUGUGUUUGGUGGAAUUUUCUUCUUCAUUGGUUUGACUGGCCUGGUGGUGCUCUGGCAGCGCAUCUUUGUGUAUCCUCCUGCUCCUCAUACAUUUGAUAAAGAAUGGGAGGCAAAGCAGGUGAAGAGGAUGUUAGACAUGCGAGUGAACCCGGUGCAGGGUUUCUCCUCCAAGUGGGACUAUGAGAAGGGCCAGUGGAAGUAAAUUCGGAGAGUUGUUUCAACAUCUGUUAAAGCCAUGGCGUUUGGCCCCAUCCAUUCAUGUAAAUGCUCAACUAAAAAAAAAUUGAAAUAAAAUGUAAUCAUUCUUACAGUGA